AUGUUUAUUCAAAAAAGGAGGAAAAAAUUAUAUUGUUUUUUAGUUACGUUAGCACCCGUAUAUAUAUAUCAUAAACGAAAUAAGAAAAAUGAGUUUGAAACAAUAAGAAAUAAUAAUGAUAUAGAAAAAAUAAAGUCGUUAAAUAUUAAUAAUAUAUUCUCAUAUUUUCCAUUAUUUAUUCUUAAUAUUUAUGACAACUAUAUAUAUAAUAAUAAAACGCUAAAAAAAAUUUAUUACAUGCAUAAAACUUCUAAUAGAAAAUAUUACUAUAUUAAAAAUGCUAUAGAAGAAAGUGAGGCAAAAAUUAAAUAUGAUUUUAUAUAUAAUGAAAAGAAUUUGUUUAAUAAAUUAUACUUUUAUGAAUUAGUUUUAGAAAAAAGUAUAAAAUAUGCAAUAUUAUCUCCACAGUUAAGCAUACAUAUUCUUAAACAACUAUCUGAAUAUUUUGUUAAUUUAAAUACGAAUUUGUACAAUGAAAAGGAAUUCAAAAAAAACAAAAAUCAUAAUGAGAAAAAUGAAUGGAAUUUUAUGAGAAGAAUAAAGAAUAUUAAAAUAAAUCAUUACAAUGAGAUAGAUAAUAAUCAAAGGAAAGAUAAGAAUAUUCAUGGGAAGGAUAAAGAAUCAAGUAAAAAAUAUAACAUUUAUGAAAAAUAUGAUAUACAUAAAGGAAUUGAAUUGAAUAUGGAAGAAAAAGAUAGAAAAAAUGAUAAUGAUCAAAUUAGUUUGAAUUUAUUAUAUUUACUUAAUCUAGUAUAUGAUAAUGCAAAUCGUGUUUGUUUAAAUACAAAUACUAAUAUUUAUAUUAAUUUUUAUAUGAUUAAUAUAUUAAAAUAUGUAUGUUAUAAAAAUUACAAAAACUUACUUUUAAAUGAUAUAAAAUUUGAUGAAUUAAGUAGAGUAAGUAGUAAAAGGAACUUUUUUGAUCAUAUAAAUUAUUACUUAAAUUUUUUUUUUAAUAAUAAGAAUAGUAAAAUAAAUAAAGAAGAUACAAAUAAAAGUUUAUCUUAUCAUAAUUCUAAUAUAGAUUCAGAAAGCAUUUAUACUUUUUCUAAUAAUAAUAAAAGAAAUUCUGUAAUAAAUAAUAUAGAGUGUAAUGACGAAAAAAAAAAAGACAACGAAGAAUUGAAUAAAAAUAAUUUUAUAAACACAGAUAAUAUAAAAAAUGAAUUAGAAUUAAAACAAAAAAAAAAAAAAAAAUAUUUUUUUGAAUUAUUUUAUAAUAAUAAUGAAAAUAAAGAAAAUGAAGAAAAAAAUAAAAAAAGUGAAAUAAAUUAUAGUACGAAUGAAAAAGUUGAUGAUAACAGAGUAGUAAAUAUAAAUGAAAGGAAUAGAGGAUAUAUGAAUGAUAGUGUAAAUAAAAAUAAUAUUCUGAUAGAAAAAAAAAAAAAAUUAUUAGAAGAUAAAAAUUUUAUAAAUGAGGUGAAAGUUUUAAAUGAUCUAUAUAUCAUUUUAUACUUGAGGUUACUAUUUGAAUGUUCAGUGAAAUUGUUAAGUAUAAAAAAAAAUUUAUAUUUAUUGGAUAAAAAAGAAAAAUUUGAAAAAGAGAAUAAAAUAAUAUAUAUGAACACAUCUGAUGUAAUAAAUGAUUUAAAAGUGAACUUUUUAAAAAGAUUAAGGAAAAAAGAAAAAGAAAACUUUAUAUUUUCAUAUAAUAAAUUAAAUGAAUUUAACGACAACAAAAAAUUAAAAAAAAAAGAUAUAAUUAUUUCAUUUAAUAAUUUAAUAAAUAAAAUUGACAACUUAAAAAAAAACGAAAACAAUUUAGAAAUAAAAGGUGAGAAUUUCAUUUUAUUCAAUUCAAAUAAAGGUACACUACAAAAUGAAAUUAGCAAUAGCAGGAUAAAUAGUUCAUUUUCUUUUUACAAAAAUAAAUUAAUGGAAAAUAAACUGUAUUCUUUUUUUUUAGACAUUAAAAAAAAUUUUUUAAAAUAUAUAUACGAUAUGAACAAUUAUGUUGAUAUGAAAAUAUAUAAAAUGAAAAGAAAUAUAAAUUACUAUGUUUUUAAUUUUGAUGAAGUUUUAAUAAACAAAUACUACAAUUUAAUUCACAAAAAUAAUGUAAAUAAGAUAAAUACUCAUUUAAGUAAGUCUAAAGAAAAAACUAUUGAUUUAAAAAAAUUAAAACAUAUUUAUUUUUCUAUGAUUACUAAUUUAAAUAGCAUUUUUGCAUAUGUUUAUAUGACUGAUGAAAAGAAAUGUGCUAAUAAAAUUUUGAGUAUAUAUAAUACAAAUAUAUUUUAUGAGUAUAAUUAUUUAAAUGAAAAUCAAAAUAUUUUUUAUAAAAAUAGUGUAAAGAAAUAUUUGGAUUAUUUUAAUAAUUUAUUAAAUUUAAAUGAUAAAAAUCAUAACUUUAAAAAAAUUGUUUUUUUUUAUUGUAAAAAUGAUAUUAAUCUUUUAUUGUUUUUAUACAGUCAGCGUAUAAAAAAUUGUUUUUAUAUAUUUAAAUAUAUAUAUAAUAAAUAUAAUUUUAAAAAAAACUACUAUUUUAAUUUUUUGUUUUACAAAUUAAAUUUUUUAAUAUUAUCAAAAAGAGCUUAUUUUAAUUUUUUUGAUUUUACUUAUUUUGCUUAUAAUAAUUUGUUUAAUUGUUUUUCUUUUUUUUACUUUUUAUUUUCAUAUUAUUAUUUGCUUUUUUUCUUAGUUUAUCAAGUCAAGACAUUUUCAUCUAUUAAUUAUUUUAAAAUAUUUGUACAACACUUUACAUAUAUGUAUUUUUAUAAACUCUAUAAUAACAUUAAAAAUAUAUAUGAAUUUCAUGAUUAA